AUGGCCUCUCAAGCGCUUGUCCUGGCAACCAACUCCGCACUGCAACAAAAACCCGCACCCAUUGCCCCUCACAACUCGCCAACCCAACAACAACAGUCGUCAACCAACAAAUCAGGUGGCUUCUGUCUCAAGAAAGGCCUCGAUAGCCUCACCGAGAUGCUUGAGCGCAAGAUCGACCACCAGAUUCUUCUCGCUAAGACCCGAGCUCAUGCCGCGUCAUCGUCACAAGAGACACCUGCCGAUCGCGAUUCCAAACACGUGCACUGGGAAACUGGCAGCAAGCUUCAGCAGACAGUAGCCUAG